GAGGCUCGCGACACGCGGGGGAGUAGGGGUUAACUCUGUGGAAUGUUGCUCUGUGGAAUGUGCAUGCAAAUAGGUUUAUGCUAAUGUCAUGCUAAUGAGUUUGUGUCUGGGGACAGAGUCAGGUCUGUCCAGGCUGCGAGGGAACUAAAAUGGAGGACUGGAAGGAGCACAGGAGUGACAAGUACAGAGGAUUGUAAAAAAAAAGAAGAAGAAGAACGUUUCUUUGUUUGAUCACUUGCUUUUCUUAUUUUCUAUACAUAUGGAGGACCUAUCAGAAAGUGAUCAUGCCUAGAAAGGGGAAUGGACAGCUGCCGUUACCGGAUGGCUGGGAGGAAGCGAGGGAUUACGAUGGCAAAGUGUUUUAUAUCGAUCACAACACUAAACAGACCAGCUGGAUCGACCCAAGAGACAGGUUGACAAAACCUUUGUCUUUUGCGGACUGUGUCGGGGAUGAGUUACCUUGGGGUUGGGAGGCAGCAUAUGAUCCACAAAUUGGUGUCUAUUACGUCAAUCACAUUAACAAGACAACGCAGCUGGAGGAUCCUCGGAAGCAGUGGCGGAAAGAGCAAGAGCGAAUGCUGAAAGACUACCUAAUGGUAGCACAAGAUGCCCUUAGUACUCGGAAGGAAAUCUAUCAAGUGAAGGAACAGAGACUUGCACUAGCCCUUGAUGAAUAUGUGCGUUUAAAUGAUGCUUACAAGGAAAAAUCCAGUUCCAGAACAAGUUUAUUCUCAGGAUCUUCAUCAAGUACAAAAUAUGACCCUGAUAUCCUGAAAGCUGAAAUAUCAACUACGAAAGUCAGAGUGAACAAGCUAAAGAGAGAACUUUCACAAAUGAAGCAAGAACUUUUAUACAAAGAGCAAGGCUUUGAAACUUUACAACAAAUUGACCAAAAAAUGUCCGGAGGUCAGAGUGGUUAUGAACUAAAGGAAGCAAAGGCUAUUUUGAGUGAAUUGAAGUCUAUACGUAAAGCAAUAAGUUCUGGAGAGAAAGAGAAGCAAGAUCUAAUGCAGAGCUUGGCUCAGCUAAAGGAACGGUUACAUUCUGAGCAGUACAUCGGACGAUCUGAGCCAGAUUUGCGAAAUACCUCGACGGGGUCACACUUAUUGAUGUCCCGACAAACACUGGAAGCUGGUUCACAGACUGAUCUCUCUGGAGAGCUUGGAUCAAGAAGUCGAAAUCUUGCAGAAAAGGUCAGGCUCAGCUUGCAGUAUGAAGAAGCUAAAAGGAGUAUGGCCAACCUGAAGAUUGAAUUAUCAAAGCUGGAGAGUGAGGCUUGCCCUGGUGCUAUAGAUGUGGAAAAGGAGAAAUUGCUACUUAUCAAUGAGAAAGAAGAGUUCCUGAAAGAACUGCAGUUUGUAACUCCACGAAGACGAACACAGGAUGAGCUAGAGCAUCUGGAGGCUGAGCGUCGCCGGUUGGAGGAGGACCUUCUAUCUGUUAAAACCAUGCCCUGCCACGCUGUAGCAGAGAGGUUGAAAGUACAAGAAAAGAGACGAGAGCUAGUACAGAAGUUGGAAGAGUCCACUAGACUUGCAACACUCAUCCAUUCCCAGCUUAAAAGUCUUUCAGCAAGCACGCUCUCAGUGUCUUCUGGAAGCAGCCUGGGAUCGCUGGCAUCCAGCAGAGGUUCUCUCAACACAUCCAGCAGGGGCUCUUUAAAUUCCCUAAGCUCCACUGAUCUCUACUACAGCCAGCAGGAACCGAGUGUGGACUUGGACUAUCAAUACAAACUGGAACUCCUGCUGCAGGAGAAGAUUGCUUACAUUCCUUCAGGUCCCAUUACUACCAUUCAUGAGAAUGAGGUGGUGAAGUCUCCUACUAACUUGCGUUAUAAUGAUUCAUCUGAUUCACCAGCUUCAGGCCACAUGAUCAAAUCCACUGAGCCAUCCAAAUCAGUCACUUCUCUCUCUUCAAGGUCUUCAUUAUCUUCUUUGUCCCCACCAGGUUCUCCUCUGGUUCUUGAGGGCUCUUUUUUACAGUCAACACAGGACUCGUCUCUACAUGAUAUAGCCACGGAUUUUGCAGACUGUGAAAUUAUAGAUGACUUUAAAGGCCUAGGGCUUUAUAAGAAUCAAAUUGUAUUAAACUCUGAGCCUGGAGUAAGCCAGUUUAUUCCCAUAGAGAAGGAGUCUACAGAAUGCCUUGAGGGUCCCACACCCACGUUUCAGGAGGAUGUUGAUAUACAGGGAACAGAAUCAGGUCAUCUACUGGAAGAAAAGGUGGUAUGUGUGUCUGCAGCAGUAUCUGAUGAGUCUGUGGCAGGAGACAGUGGGGUAUAUGAAGCAUCUCUCAAAAGGUCCACUGAAGCUGAAGAUCCAGUGUACACUGAAGAUGACCCCGUAGUUUUUGAGGCACCUCAGAUUCAGAUUGGACUCAAGUAUGACGGCACAAAUUCAAGCUUUGUAAUAAUGUUAAUGCAGAUGCAAAAUCAAGGCAGUCUCAUGAUAUCACGUGGUGCCAGACUGUAUUUCAGGGUGGUCUUGCUCCCAUCUUCACUAGAUUCUAGUUGUUUAUUCCGCACAAAACUUCACUCAGCCACAGACUGCAUUGUCUUCAAUGAAAUCUUCAGAGCUGAUGUGCCCCAUACUACUCUUCAACAGAAGACCCUGAGAGUUGACAUCUGCACUGUAGGCAAGACUCAACAGGAAGAAUGUCUGGCUGGGACACAAAUAAGCCUGGCAGACAUUUUGCUGUCAGACACAUUUUCAACCCAUUGGUACAAUUUACUGCCUUGUAAGAAAAUCUGCCACCAAAAAAACAAGCAGCAAAAUAAGCACUCACUUCUUAAGCCUCCGGAACAGCAUGCCAGCUCUAUAGAACUGGAUGCUGUGUCUGCAUUGCUAGAAAGGACAUCUGCCGAGCUGGAGGCAGUGGAGCAACAGCUUGCCCAAGAAGAACAGGACAGACAUAUGGCAGCAGGGGAGGACUGGUAA